GAAACUCUGUCUCGUGUUUCGUUCUCUCGGCCCGGCUCGGUCGGUACUCGUCGGAGUGUCGUUUCGUCACCGGAAACGCGCGCGAAUAUUGCUGACCGUUGAAAAUUUGACCGGUGUCCCCCCUGUGUUCACGCGACACAUAGACGACGGCACGUUUGCACGAGGAAAAAGGCAGGCGUCAGCUUCGCUCCGCGCGCGCGGCUACUGCCCACGUUCGUGAAAGCGUGUUUCGUACACACGGAACACACACGAUCGCACGUUGUAAAUAGAAUGGAGGAUACACAACGCCGAGAUACGGUGUCCACGAAUUGCCACGAUGAAUGUACCGCGAAAAAUUGUUUCCUGCGUGCCGUUGUGUUUCGGUUGACGUCCGGACUGUCCCGGGGUUGGCACGUCUUCCGGACCGAACGGUAAGGAAGUCUCGUAUCACGGGAACGUAGGCGGAUCCAGCGUGGGGUAUAAACCACCCCCGCAGCACAGUCCGCAAUCGAGAGGUCCACCGGCCCAUUUCGCACAGGAGUCCGUGGGACCACCGGCCAAUUCUCCCCCAUUGCAUAUCAACAUCUGCGGCCAGGACAACACGAUGCGUGAUCCAUUAUUAAGUCCAGGUCUUGGACCUAGCGGCGUCGAUGUGGAGUACCGUAGGAGUUCCCAAGCUACCAAUCAGCUACCUAUGAGCCCGGUACAUAUUCAGCCGUCGCCGCCAUAUUAUAGGCAGCCUAGUCAAGACGAUGGCAGAAAGAGCGAGUCUCCAUCCAGAAAGCGGCGUCGGAUAUCUCGCAACGGCGUCGUUUCCGGGAUAGAAGUCCGUGAAUCAACGCCUCCGCCCACACCCCCGCUGCACACCACCCUACCAUCGUUAACUUCCUUACCUCCCAUACCGUCCCUGCCGACUCCGCCGCCAUGGGAAUUCUCUCCAGCGCCUCAGCGACGAUCGCCACGGAAUCAUAUGUCGACCCGUGGCAGCCCUACCAUCAGGAAUCGUUACCAACGAUACACAGACUCUAUCGGGCUGUCCCAUCCGUUACUGCCCGGACACAAUCCCCAUCUAGCCAUUCACAACUCUCAUCACGGGAUCCAUAGUUCCCAUCACAACAUUCACAACUCGCCUCAUAAUCUACAUACCUCCCACUAUAAUAUGCAUAACGCGCAUCAGACACAUCCCCAUCAUCCGGCCGGCGCGGGACACCAUCCAGCGCAGGGGGCGAACGACCCUGUGGUGGUCGACGUAGGCCAAGUCGGUGUAACCGGCUUAGGGGUUUCCGUUAGCGGCGAACCCCUCUGGCAUCCUCAAGCGACAGGUUACAGAAUUCCUUGCCAGCUGCACGGCAUAUACACUCCUAACGGAGCACACGCGUUUGCGCACUCGUGCCAGGUCACCCAUCAUCAUGGCCACUAUUCAGCGCCCCAUCCAAACCAUUCAGCCCACAGCCUGGUCGGUACGAUAGUUGGAGCAACAUCCAGAGGCUAUCCAACGCCGGCCGGAGGUCCUGUCGCAGCCCUCCAUCACGCUCACGUGCCUCCAGCACCCAUUCACACUGCUCAUUAUACCACGCAUCAUCAGCUCUCACAACAGCGGGAGGUUGAAUUAGAGUUAAUAGAAUCCCAUCGUCCUCAUCGGGUCGGAGCCACCGCGGAUGCACCAUUACCAUUAUCGCAUUCGUAUUCGCCGCCAGCACUCACUCAAGUCACGACGCCUCCACCCACGUUCUUUUCGGAACUCAGCCAGAAUCAAUUGGAAGUGAUUCGGACCAUAACCAUGGGCACAGAUCGGUCAGUUCAAACACUUAGACGUCUAAGACCAAGCAGAUGGAGAGGGUUAGGGCCGGCCUACCGGGGAUUCUUGCUGCAGUUCUUGGCGAUGUUCAGAAACCCGCCGUUGUCUCCGUACAGCCAGGCGGAGCUGUCCUCACCGGACUCAGCAACCGAGAAUUACGAGGCCCUGCUGUCCUUGGCGGAAAGGUUAGGCGAGGCGAAACCUCGAGGACUAACGCGGGCCGAAGUCGAACAACUGCCCUCCUACAAGUUCAACGCGGAAACGCACCAAGGAGACCAGACAAACUGCGUGGUAUGCAUGUGCGACUUCGAGGCCAUGCAAUCACUGCGCGUUCUGCCGUGCUCGCACGAGUUCCACUCAAAGUGCAUCGACAAAUGGCUCAAAUCGAACCGAACCUGUCCAAUAUGCCGUGGCGAUGCCGGCGAGUAUUUCGGCAACAGUGGGACCGGUAGCGACUGACGCCAGCCUGCUCAAGUGCACUAGCGCCAGCUGUCACGAGUCUCAGGGACGCUACACCGCACAGAGCAGCCAGCGUACACUUUGCUGGUUUGUGCAAAUUUCUGUUGAUAACGCAUUUGCGCGCCUUUUCUCUUAGCCGAGCUGGCCCGACGCGUAGAU